AUUUUUUUCUCGCGAGUUAAUUUGAGUAAAAUAAUAAAAUAAGUAAAAAAAAACAUGUCAGCUGCCUUGGUUAGAAACUGUUUUAAGCUUGGAAGAAAUUUUGUUAGACCAUGGAGCCUGGCGUCUGCUUGGAAAGUACAGUCAUCUGUAACCAGGUCUAUCAUAUCAGAAGCAGCAGCAGCAGAACAUGCCAGUGCAAACAGCGUCCUUUACGCCCCCCUCCAAACUUUCACCGAGGAAGAGUCAAUGAUGAAGGAAGCAGAUUUUUUCUUUUGGUUUACAGUUAAGAAGUUUGCCCAAGAGCGCAUUGCUCCAUUAGUGUCGAAAAUGGACGAGGACUCGCGCAUGGACGAGUCAGUUAUCCUCGGGCUAUUUGAACAAGGGCUGAUGGGCAUUGAGAUCCCAGAGCAGUAUGGAGGGACUGGCUCCACUUUCUUCUCUUCCAUCCUGGUCAUCGAGGAGCUGGCUAAAGUGGACCCAUCAGUGGCUGUGCUGUGCGACAUCCAGAACACUCUCAUCAACACCCUCUUCAGAGACCAUGGGACUGAGGAGCAGAAGCAGUGUUAUCUCACCAGACUGGCCAACGACAUGAUAGGCAGUUUCUGCCUUUCAGAGCCACAGUCUGGCAGCGAUGCCUUUUCGUUGAAAACCCGAGCUGACAAGCACAAGGACUACUACACCAUCAACGGGUCCAAGCUGUGGAUUAGCAAUGCGGAGCAGGCUGGCGUGUUCCUGGUUAUGGCCAACGUAAACCCCUCUGCUGGUUACAAGGGGAUCACCUGCUUCAUCUUGGACAGAGACACAGAGGGGCUUCACAUCGGGAAGAAGGAAAACAAACUGGGCCUCAGGGCAUCGUCAACCUGCCCUCUGACCUUUGACAACGUUAAGGUUCCAGAGAAGAAUAUCUUGGGACAGUUAGGCCAAGGAUACAAGUAUGCAAUCGGAAUGCUGAAUGAGGGGAGGAUUGGAAUAGCUGCCCAGAUGCUGGGCUUGGCUCAGGGCUGCUUUGACAACACCAUUCCAUACACCAAGCAGAGAGUGCAGUUUGGGAAAAGGAUCUUUGACUUUCAGGGCAUGCAGCAUCAAAUAGCCCACGUGGCUACCCAGCUGGAGGCAGCCCGGCUGCUAACGUACAACGCAGCGCGCUUGAGAGAGACUGGGAGACCCUUCAUCAAAGAGGCCUCCAUGGCUAAAUACUUUGCUGCAGAGGUCGCAACCUUGGCAAGCUCUAAAUGUAUUGAGUGGAUGGGAGGGGUUGGAUUUACUAAAGAUUAUCCCAUUGAAAAAUACUACAGAGACUGCAAAAUAGGCACAAUUUACGAAGGGACAACAAAUGUACAGCUUACCACAAUAGCAAAGGCCAUCGACCAGGAGUACGAAGCCUGAGCUACCUAAUAUAUAGAGAAGCAUUAACCAAUGUCAUAACCUAGUAAGAGAAAUGUAAAAAAGUCUUUUGAAAAUACUUACCCGUUGAGAGAUCUGUGGCACAGUGUUUCAAUAUAAACAGUUUAUGUUGAUUAAGACUUUUCCAUAAAAUCUGCUUCGUUAAUAUGUAUAUAGAUGUACUGACUGUUAUCCUUUAUUUAAAGUUAAUGUUGUGUAAUUGUUAUCGAAUGAUAAAUAUAACUUUAUUGCUGACUGCUGGGUCCCGUGUAUCAAAUUAACAACAGAUUCCUGUAGUAAGUAUAAUGUAAAUUCAAGGAGAGUAACUGAAACUCAGAAGGAAUGCAUUGCCUUAAACUCAGUUACUGAAGGGGUCUCCAAUCUACGAGAUGAAACCUGUCAUUUCCAAUUCACACUUGAUUUAACUCUGUUGCUGACAAUGGAGGCUUGUUUCUUUUAGCUGAACCAAACCAUAUCAUGUUUUAAUAUGUAACUAAACUGAAUAUGCCUUGCAUUUAUAUUUAAUGAUGAAGUGGAAGAACUUGGAUCAAGCUGAGGCACAGCUGUUCUUUCUUCUUUGUAUUUCAGUGCCUGUUACACAAACUGUAAACAUGAUCUCUUGUUGCGUUGAUAGGAUGGUAACGCAUCUAGUAUAUACUGGGUAUUUAUACAAUUCAGUAAAGUGGUGUUCUAAUAAAGGGUGUUAAAGA